UAUGAUCCAAUUCAGAGAGAAAAACUGAUUCGACAGCUGUUUUCCUUGUAAAUAAAGAUGUAUUUCUUAAAAUAUAAAUUGUGAAUAGAAGUUAAACUGUUUACACUCUUUUAUCAUAUCUGUGUAACAUAUCUGAUGUACAAACACAUUUUGUACAUACUGCCGCAUAAAAUAGUAGUUUUCUGUGAAACUACCCGUCCCACAGAUGUCGUCACGUCUAAGGUAAACUGGUCUAACGGCAGUCGACAGGGCGGCUCUUCAGCUGCAACAAGAGAAGGAAAACAUGCAACUGCACGUCUGCAGAUGAGACAAAUGAUUUAACAGAGGCAGGAGGAGCAGGAGCAGCUGGAGGACAGGCUCAUUCUGAUGGAGGAUUGAGGAAAAGGAUCAUUCUGGAAGUUUUUCACAGACAGAGGACGUCUGAGUUUAUGUUGGGGAGAAGUGACUCUGCUGGGAGAAGAUGAUCUGCAGGAUCCUGCUGCUCAUCAGCCUCAACUGUGUCUGUGGACUGUAUAAGCCUCGUUACUCAGGUCCAGUCUAUCAGUCGGAGGAGAACCACAACAUCACAGCAGAGUGGCGCUUCUCGUCCAAACCCAACAUCUCCGUCCCCUCGCUGAAGAUCCACUGUGUGUUCGUGCGGGGGCUGAAGGUGUUUUACCACCUGGACAACAGCGUUGACGAGCCUCAGCACGAGCAGUUCUCAGGACGGGUUCAGUGCGACAAAGACGCUCUCAGAACAGGACGGGUCAGACUUCAUGUGUCCAGAGUCAGGACCGAAGACUCGGGCCUGUACCUCUGCAGGAUGGCCACUGGAUCUGGCAGGAAGGUCUCACAGUUCUCAUUUAACAUCACUGAAGCCACUGUGACGUCCAAACCCCUGAUACCAGAACCAGAACCAAAACCAAAGCCAAAGCCAGAGAGUCGGGGCAGGAUUGGCCUGUUUGUUGGACUGGGACUGGCAGCAGCAGCAGCAGCUGGACUGACUGUCUGUCACUGGACUUCAUCAUGUCGCUCUACCUGAAGUGAAACAAGUAGGACCCAGAAGCCCAACAGUUGUAGCAAAGCAUCAUCUCAGAUGCAUAUUUUCUUUAUUCUUGUUAAACUGGAUGACUUGCGCAGGCGCAGGUUUAUGUCCACAUGUUGCUGACUUGUACGUCACUUUUACAUGGAUGGUUCUGAAACACUUUCACUGCCCUGAAUGAUUUGUAGCACAGGUCCAAACUUUCCAGGACGGCAUAGCUGGACAAAUAUCUCACCCAAAACAUCUUCUCAAGAGUGUACAGUAACUUGUUCCUCAUUAUACAACAGGGUUAUAUAACCUAACUACAAUUUGUAAACAUCUUCAUGCAACACAAAUUUACAGAUAUACAGUUUAUGUAUGUAGAACAUAGUAAGCAUGAGCUGCAUCUGUUGGAUCUGCGUCAGGGUGGAAGUAAACAGCAGCAACAAGAUGAAGAUAACGUGGUCGACAGAAAACUCUGUCCAUCGGCUUUGACUGCAUGUGAGCACCAAGCAUCGAUGUUAUCAACACAGAGUCUGACUCUCCUCGUCCGGCUGUCGUCCUGCUCUCUUUGGAGUGUAGACGGUUAGUUUGUGAUGAGGUCUGGUAUCUUGGCUGCUCCAUAAAAGCAGUCGCUCAGUAGCCGUAUUUAACACCGUAAUAAAGAAUCUGUUUUGCAGGAAAUAAGCGAGAGAGAGCUCUGACGCAGAUACGACGUCUUUAUCUCAAGACUUUUACCCUCUAUUGUUGAUUGGAUGUGUAGAUCUGAGGAGAGCACUGCUGAUAGUGCUGGAGAUGAACAGACAGGAGCGAGCUCACCUGCAGGCGAACGUCGCUAACAUGCGUCAGACGUGGGUUUUUGUCAGUACAUUAACAUUCCUGCAAACAAAAGAUUCGUCCGACUUCUCAUGUGUCACGUGUUGAUGACCUGGUUUUCAUAUGAGGAGGUGUAGGACAUGGUGGUGGAGUUACAGUAGAUAAGACUCAACAGUUUCAGUCUGUUUUUCUGCACUGAGAAGAGUGAAACCACUGCAUAUAUUUUGAGGAUUGGGAGUGGCAUCUCAACAUUUGAGAAUGUGACACCUUUAAAAGAGAAUAAGAAGACAACUUCCUGCCAAAGUUUGUGAUGACCAGCCUGAGUAAAUUUCACUGCCAGGUUUGUAUUUUUAACGAGGCCUCUGUACAGUUUCCACCCAAAUAUGUAUUUUAAGCCAAACAGUGAUGUUUUUCGAACCCCAACGAGGUGGUUCUAAUGUCCAAUCUGUGAAAACACGAUUCUUAACUGAGUGUUUAUCAGCGUGUUGUCUAAACGUUUGCACCACUGAGAUAAAGCAUCGUGAUAAGAUGAUGACUAUCAGAACACAACUUUAAUCUGCAGCUUGUGCAAAAUAAAAUCAGUGAUAUCGAGCAUGAAAACCAUCAAUUUCAUGUUCACAUCGAUGAACGUGAUUGUAAUAAAUACAGUCCCGACGCACUGUUGUUGUUUUAAAGAGAUAUAGAAGUGAAAUACGGCCAGUAUAUUUAUAUAAAUAUCUGUAAAUAUAUACUUUUUCUUUUCUCAUCAUUGAACCACUUGAUAGAAGAGUAGAAAUAAACAGGUGGUGCCGACCAGUGUUAUAUUGUGUUUAAAUAUUUAAUUUAUCUCUUUUCUUUUCUUGCAGACUAUUUGUGUAUUAACACAACUUUUCAUGCCGAAGUUCUAUAAGUGAAUGAGCUAAUUUCCUUGUAUAUACUGUCGUGAACACUGUGUAUAUUUAUGUCAGAACAUUCCUGUUUUAUAUUUUUCUUUUUACGAUUUCUUUUCAGGAAACUGAUGCAAGAAAAUAAUAUAAAAAUGUCCAUUAAUUUGUGUAAAUAAAGUGUAAAGUUAUUG